CUAUAGCCUUCAAACACCUCUUCCUGAAAGGAUACAUGGAUCGAAUGGAAGACACAUACGCCGUGUACACUCAAAGUGACGUGUAUGACCAGGUCAUCUUCGCAGUGAACCAGGGUUUCUUUGUACAGCAGCCCUAGCUGUCCUGGAACUUGCUUUGUAGACCUGGCCGGCCUUGAGAUCUGCCUGCCUGCUGGGAUGAAAGACACACGCCACCACAGUAUUUUUAACCUAAGGUCACAUUUCAAAAUCAUUAAAUCCCUUCUUCAAACAUUGUUUCUGAGCAAUCGUGACUCUUCAUUUCUGGAGGCAGCCUGUCCAAACAGUGGUCAUGAGCUGCUGGGAUGAAAAACGUCUUUCUGGAGCCCGGGCUCUUAGUGAGCAGGGGGAACAGGAAACUUAGGGACAAAGGCUGCAUAAAGUUGUUAAAGAGAAUCAUGGCCUACAAUUUUUAGAAGGAAAAUAGCAAAUAACUUAGUGAUGAAGGUAAGUUUAGAGAAUCAAAAUAAAGUGUGUGUGUGUGUGCACACACACGCGCACAUGGUAUUUGCAUGAAGGUCAGAGGACAGCCUUGGUUGUCAGUCCUCAGCUCCUACUUUGUUUGAAAUUAGAGUCCUCUGUUCAUCACUGCACAUACUAAACUAGCUGCUUGCAAGCUUCUUGGGGAAUUUUCUUGUCUCUGUCUCUCACCUCACUGUAGGAAAAUUGGGAUCACAGAUGCAAGCUACUGGACCUAGUGUCCCCUGGGUUUUGGGGAUUUGAACUCAGGUCCUCGUGAUUUGGUGGUAAGUGCUUUACAUGCUGAGCCAUCUCUCAACACUGGAUUUAACGUUUAAAUGUAUUAAGUAUCUGUAAGCACUGUAUCAAGUUUCUAUGUUUCUUCGGUGUUAUAUAGAGAUAAGAAGUCAACAGUCCAUUGCAUUUUGUUGUUUUGAGGCAGGGCCUUAUGCAACCCAAGGUGACUUUAAACUCCUUGUAGCAGAGUCUGGCAUUGAUCUCUUGAUCCUCCUGCCUCCACCUCUGAAAAGCAGUCUCUAUGCCUGACUAAAGGCCAGGUAAAUUCUUUAUAAACCAUCUUUACCUUCAUCACUAGGACUAAGUUAGGUCUCCAUGUUCUUUUCACGAAGAGCCUUUAUCUUCACUGCCACAUUCUUUCUGCUGCUGGAGGAAACCAUCUGUCAGGAUAGUGAGCGACAGCCGUUUCCCUCUCACCAUUUUGGAGGCGUGGAAGGUCAAUAUCAAGAAGUCUACACACUCAGCUCUUUCUGGAAGGGAGAGAGGGGGCCAAACGGCCCACAUAGUCCCACUGGCCCUGUUAUGUUGGAACUGUUUGAUCUAACAGCCCAAAUACACCACGUUAAGUCCUGCUUCGGGCUGCUUUUUCUUAUUCCCCACUCAGUGGUCCCAGCACCUCUGCAUUACUUUCUAAAGAAUCCACAGAAACCACUGCCCUUGCUGUAUAGACCUGCUCCUGCAGCAGAGAGACACAUGUUCUGUUUAUUUCCAUAUGUAGCAAAACCACCAUCAGUGCUCAACAGCAUAGCACUUGAUGAACUUACUCCAUAAAGACAGAAGUACCAGAGAGACACAAAAAUGUUGGUUGAUAGGUUCAAAAUUUUUUUUUUCGUACGUGUUCCAGAGACAGGGAAGGCCUACAAAUGAGCAAUGAACAAUGGCUUUGCUUCUGAUAUGCAGUGCUUGGCGAAGAAUCUUUAACUUCAUUUUUACUUUCCCAGUCAAAGAAUGACCUGGGAUGCUGCAUCUCAGUGAGAAAGAAGAUUCUGGGAUGGGAAUGUAGGGAGAGCCUGUGGUCAGAAGGCAAUGUUGACCUGGAGAGUUCCUGAGUAGAUGAAACAAAGCACUUGAGUGUUCAAGGCCUCCGACGGGCUUUCCGUGGACGUGGCUGUCCCUUCAGGUCUUCACUGCUACUCCUUAGAGCCACUCACUCAGAUACAGCAUCCCAGUGUGUGUUUCCUGAAUGUCUGUACCCUGAAGGGAGAUGGGCACCUACCCUCCCAAGACAUGGCCAGGAGGGGUUAUAGUGGCUCUCCUUUUCCCUGACUGGUGCCCCUUUUGUCCUGGGUGUUGUUCCAUUCCCAUCUCUCUCUUUUGGAUGAAGUACUUGCAGCUUCGCAACAUCUCUGUUGGCAACCAUGCUUACGAGAACAAGGGGACAAAGCAGUCGGCUAUGGCAAUCUGUCAGCACUUCUACAAGCGAGGGACCAUCUGCCCCGGGAAUGAUACCUUUGACAUUGACCCAGAAAUUGAAACAGAAUGCUUCCUGAUAGAGCCAGAUGAACCCCUUGACAUCGGAACACCUGGAGAAAAUAGACUCAAUCUGACCCUGGACUUCCACAGACUCCUGACGGUGGAGCUUCAGUUCAAGUUGAAAGCCAUUAAUCUGCAAACGGUUCGUCAUCAGGAGCUUCCUGACUGCUAUGACUUUACUCUGACUAUAACAUUUGACAACAAGGCUCACAGUGGAAGAAUCAAAAUAAGUCUAGAUAAUGACAUUUCCAUCAGAGAAUGCAAAGACUGGCAUGUAUCCGGAUCAAUUCAGAAGAACACCCACUAUAUGAUGAUCUUUGAUGCCUUUGUCAUUCUGACCUGCUUGUCCUCGCUGGUCCUCUGCGCAAGGUCUGUGAUUAGGGGUCUUCAGCUUCAGCAGGUAGGGUGCUGCUCCCUGAGACGCUGCCGACACGCUGGGCCACAGGGACGCUCACACUCUUUCUCAUCUUCCCUAAAGGAAUUUGUCAGUUUCUUUCUUCUCCACUAUAAGAAGGAAGUUUCUGCCUCUGAUCAAAUGGAGUUCAUCAACGGUUGGUACAUUAUGAUUAUUAUUAGUGAUAUACUGACCAUCGUUGGAUCCAUUCUGAAAAUGGAAAUCCAAGCCAAGAGUCUCACAAGCUAUGAUGUCUGUAGCAUCUUUCUUGGGACUUCGACCAUGCUAGUGUGGCUUGGUGUCAUCCGAUACCUGGGUUUCUUUGCAAAGUACAAUCUCCUUAUCCUGACCCUGCAGGCAGCCCUGCCCAACGUCAUCAGAUUCUGUUGCUGUGCUGCUAUGAUCUACCUAGGCUAUUGCUUUUGUGGAUGGAUUGUACUGGGCCCUUACCAUGACAAGUUCCGUUCUCUGAACAGGGUCUCCGAGUGCCUUUUCUCUCUGAUAAAUGGAGACGAUAUGUUUUCCACAUUUGCAAAAAUGCAGCAGAAAAGCUACCUGGUUUGGCUGUUCAGCCGAAUCUACCUCUACUCCUUCAUCAGCCUCUUCAUAUACAUGAUUCUGAGCCUCUUCAUUGCGCUCAUCACAGACACGUAUGAAACGAUUAAGCACUACCAGCAAAAUGGCUUCCCAGAGACAGAGCUUCGCAAAUUCAUAGCGGACUGCAAAGACCUCCCCAGUUCUGGAAAAUACAGAUUAGAAGGCGACCCUCCAGCGUCGUUGUUCUGCUGCUGCCAUAAGUAACCGUUGGUUUUCUCUGGGCUUGCAGAGGAAAAUGUGGUAUGUGGUUGAGCCAGAGACAGUAUGGAUAAUUUGCGAUAACGCAAGAGUAUGUCCAGAUACUAGGAUUCUGAGCUCACUCCCGACUGUGACAUAGCGAGACCUGUUUCCAUUUUUAAAAAUAUUUUAGGUCUUUUCUACUUAUAUUAGAAUUAAAAAAAUAGCUAAUUUGGCAGGCUGUGGUGGCGCACAGCUUUAAU